CGGGGGAAUAUUUGAGCACUGAGGGAGUGAGACUGGCGAGCUGUGCUCCAAUGACCUCGACGGCGAUCGCGAAUGGUAGUCCUAGGGAUUGGGAGUCCGGUGGCGGUUUCCGAUGUGCGAAUGGCGGCUGCGAUCGCGCGAAGGCGGCGAGGUGGGUCAAGGCAGAGCAGGAGCCGGCGGCCGCUAGAUCUCCAGCGAGAACCUGUGCCGACUGCAGCGCAUCGGAGACGCCGUUGUGGCGGGGCGGUCCUGAAGGGCCUAAGUCUCUCUGCAACGCGUGCGGGAUUAAGUACAGAAAGAGGAAAAAGGCAUUCGAACCUGCAGCCCAAGGAAAUCCCAAUAGACCGACCAGAUCCGGCGGCCAGAUGAGGGCGGCGCCUUGCCCGGAGGAGUUAAAGAAGAGACAGAGAUCGAAGCAGGAGAGGAUGCUGAAGCUGCUGCUCAUGCAGCACGAGAAGCGGCGAGGCAGGAGGGAGGAGGUGAAGAGCGCAACGGCGGAGCACGGCGAAGACGUGGAGGAGGCUGCCCUCCUCCUGAUGUCACUCUCCUCUGGUCUCUCUCUCCAUUCCUAGCACUGCCGCCGCUUCCUUUUGAGAGUACUAGUUUCAUGACUCUCUUUCCAUGUGGUCUCUAGUUCAAACAAGAAGAAGAGACGACAAAAAUGGGAAAAAAAAUAUCAAAAUUCCCAGUUUUUGUGCCAUUAAGGUUAGACCUGAUUCUCCGGUAAAUGGCUGAAGAGUUUAAUUUAGAUUUACUUGGGAGGAUGGAAACUUAGAAAAAAUUAAUUUCCAUCGGGUAAAACUUUUACUUUGUAAAACAACGGAUUAUAUUCCUUUUAUCUUAUUUACUCAAUAAGGCGAAGAUGGAUUUAGCCGA